AUGUAAACUUCAAUUGAUCUACCUUCUCCAUUAGGCAUUGUUCAAACUUCUUCUAUAACUAGCACUGGUAAAAUUUUAGGUCCUGAUUAUGAAAACAAUCUAAAGAGUGCAGCAAAAAGAAGUGAAGAGGAUAAAUUAUUUAGAAAACAAAAUUAAAUGAAUGAUGCAGAUGAAUUUGAAGCUAUGGAAGUUUAAAAUGGAGAAUAGAUCUCUCUAAUUUAUUAUUACAAAGCUUUGAAAUUAGAUCAAGUAAUAUAGUAAAACGAAAAUGAAAUUAUAAAUAUUGUUCAGAAUAGACCUAAAUUAGGAAUGAUAGAAGGAAGUUUAAUGAAAAAAAGUCCUCAUUGGUUUCAAGGCUAUUCAUAGAGAAACUGUGUAUUAAGAAAUAGAGUAUUUAGAUAUUAUAAUAUUGAAAAUAAGAAACUUUAAGGAGUUUUAAAUUUUGAUGUUUAGUCAUUUCAAUUAUAAGAAUUAUAGGAUAAAAAUGGAAAUACAUUUGAGUUCAUGUAAGUGUUUUUUAUUCUUAUGUAGAUUAAAGCCUUUAGGUUAAACUUAAAAAGUUUUUCAGUUCAAAGGGGGAACUAUUGAUCAAACUAAAACAUGGGUUUAAUUAAUAAAAUAACAUCUUUAAGAUUCUAUAGGUUCAUUGAAGGUUUUGAAAUCUCUAAGUCAAUAUGAACGUUUUUGGAGAGUAAUAAAAUUAUGAUUUAUGUUUAUUUUAGUUUGAACGCAUUUCUUCAUAAUAAAUAAUGGAAGAUGCAGAAGAUGGAGAUAUUUUGUUGUUUUAAGGAAAAGACUUAAAUUGUCAUAUUUAAAGAACAUUAACAUAAUCUAAUUUUGAUCACAUAGGAAUUUUAAUACGUUUAGAUGAAAAUUAGGUAUAUUUAUUUGAAGCUUUGCCUUUACAUGGAGUGGGAUUAUGUCGUUGGAGUAAAUUUGUUAUUUGUAAAUGGAAUUAUCUAUAUCAUAAGUAAGAAUAAGCUUUAAUAUAAAAUAGAAUUAUAUAUAGAAGGUUAUAAGUUAUUAGAGAUGAGAAUUUUAAAUCAAGAAUACAUGAUUUUGUAACUGAUAAUAUUGGUAAAUAGUAUUCUUUUAAUCCUACAAAACUAUUAAAAUUUAAAUCUACAAUGCUCCAAGAUCCAUUAUAAUAAUAAACAAGAACUUUUUUUUCUUCUGAACUUGUAGCUGCUUGCUAUAAAUAUUUGAAUCUCUUAUCAUAAGAAGUUUCAUCUACAUAAUAUUGGCCAGGUUCUUUUUCAUCUGAAAAUCAAAAAUUAACUCUUCAAUAUGGUGGCUUAAGCGAAGAAUAUAUUAUAGAUUUUGAAAAUGAAUGA